CGUGAGCGGCCGCCAUGGCGCUGCGCCGCGGCGGGGCCGUGGCCGCUCUCCCGCUGCUGCCGCGGCGCGGGGCGGGCUCCGGGACGGGCUCCGGGGCGGCGGGGCCCCCCGAUGCCGUGGUGCGCGUCCCCUGGGCCUUGCGGCUGCGCCUGCAGCGGGGCGCCCAGCGCCGGCGGCGCGGGCAAGGGGAGGCGGCGGCGACAACGCGGCGCGGGAAGCUGCUCCUGCGGAGCCGGCGGCCGGAGCUGAGCCAGCCCCGCUGGCAGACGGUGGGGCGCUGGGAGCGGCCGCAGCUGGUGUCGGCGGGCUGGAAGCACAGGAAGGCCUGCGGGGAUUACUUCCAGCUGGAACCCUGGCGGGCGGCGGCUCCCGCCCUGCAGGCGCUGCCGCCUGAGGCGGGGCAGGGUCCGACCUUCGCCGAGCUGGGGCUGCAGCCGGCGCUGCUGGCCGGCCUGCAGGGCCUGUCUGUCGGCCGCCCCACGGCGGUGCAGCGCUUGGCCAUCCCCGCGCUGCGCCGCGGCUGCAGCGCCCUCUGCGCCGCCGAGACCGGCAGCGGCAAAACGCUGGCCUACCUGCUGCCGCUGCUGGACGGGCUGCUCUCCCGCCCCGCGGGGCUGCCGGCGGAGCAGGAGGAAUCGGGGCCGGCGUCGCCCCGCGGGCUGGUGGUGCUGCCGUCGCGGGAGCUGGCGGCGCAGGUGGGCGCGGUGGCGGCCGCGCUGUGCGGGCCCGCGGGGCUGGCGGUGCGGCGGCUGGCGGGCGGCGGGGCUGCGGGCGGGCUGCGGAGGCAGCUGCGGGCGCCGCCGCCGGGUCCCGCCGUGCUGCUGGGCACCCCCGGGGCCCUGCGGGAGGCGUUGCGGAGGCGCUUCCUGGCCCUGGAGCGGCUGCGCUGGAUGGUGCUGGACGAGGCGGACGCCCUGAUGGACGAGUCGUUCGCCGGGUCGCUGGAGGAGAUCCUGGCACAGGCGCCCCUGGCUGCCGGCGCUCCCGGGCCGGUCGGUCCCGGGGAGGCUAGGACCCAGGUGGUGGUGGUGGGAGCCACCUUCCCUGCGGGACUGAGCGAGACGCUGGGCAAGUUUACUGACGUGGGCCGGUUCGUCACCCUCUCCACCAAGAGCCUGCACCGCCUGCCACCCCACGUCCCACAGAAGUUUGUUCGCCUCAAAGGCCGGGACAAGCUGCCGGAACUGCUGCAGCUCCUCAAGGAGCGCUCAGCAUCCAGUGGGGCUGUCCUCAUCUUCUGCAACAGUGCCAGCACCGUCAACUGGCUGGGCUAUAUCCUGGAUGACCACAAAAUCAAGCAUCUGAGGUUGCAGGGACAGAUGUCAGCAGAUGCUAGAGCUGGCAUCUUUGCCUCAUUCCAGAAGGGUGACGUGUCAGUCCUUGUCUGCACUGACCUUGCCUCGCGGGGGCUGGACACCAGCAGUGUGCAGCUGGUGGUCAACUAUGACUUCCCAGACACCCUGCAGGACUACCUGCACCGUGCGGGGCGUGUUGGGCGGGUUGGAAGCAAGGCACCUGGAGCUGUGGUUAGUUUUGUCACCCAUCGGUGGGAUGUGGACUUGGUACGGAAAAUAGAGACUGCAGCCCGAAAAAGAACAAGCCUUCCAGGCAUGGACUCCUCUAUUAAUGAGCCUUCACCUAAAGGAGGUUGAUUCAAGUUGCCAGGGAGUGAUAAAUGGCUUGACAGGGACUAAGCUUGUAGUCAUUAAGGCAGAGGAAGUGAGCUGGUGUGUGUAGGUGGUCUGAAAGAACAGAGAAUACAGUUUGAGAACCAGGUGGGCAGCUCAGCUUUGUGGGCUGUUCUGGAAGCUGCAGUAGUUGUUUCCAGAGGCACCACAACUCUCAGCUUUCCAAAAGGUAGCUAGCAAGUCAGUAAUGAGAUGCCUUUGGUGAAGGCUGAAGAAUGAUUUCAUCAAUUGAUUUUGUUUAAUUUUGUUGGGGCUUUCAACUUAAGUUCAAGUCAGACUGAAAAUAUGCCUGUACUGUGUGCAGCUCUGUUGUAUUUCAUUGCUUCACACCAGCUAAACAUCCAUUAUUAAAACUUAAAAAUUGCUACUGUGGCAGGAAAAAAAAAAAGAAAAUGUUUUUGUAACUUUGAUAUGUGUGGAAAGACUAAAGGACACAUACUUGGUUUUCUUGAAAUGCAGCAGUUUAUUCAGCAAGUUCUAGACCUGUAAAGUUUGGUGGGAGUGAGAGAAGGCACAAUAAAACUUGAGGCAUUUUCGAGAUUUUAAAUUUGUCAUUUUAUGGUUAUCUAUUGUUGAGAAAGGGGAUCUUGCUGCUUCAUGUUCUAUUAAAUAAUAAUAAUAAACCCUU